UUUAUUUUCCUACGCAUGACAAAAAACAGGAAAAAGAAAAGAAAAUUACGGAGAAGCCCCUGCCUGGCUCCGCUGCUCUCCUCGUCGCCUUCGUCUUCCUUCUCCCUGGUUCCUGCUCCCCCCUCCUUCUCCGAACCUGCAAUUCCCUUCCCACCCCAAACCCUAAACCUAAAUGGCGAGCUCGUGGGAGGAGCGUAUUCUGCGCUAGUGACCGAUAGCCGAUCCGCCCGCCCUCGCCGCAGCCGGCGGCGCCACGGCCUGCCGGCCGGCUUGAAUCUCGGAGGGAGAGGGACGCGAAGAUGGGGUCGCGGCAGCUUAACAACCACAAAUCUAAGACGCUCGACAACAAAUACAUGCUCGGAGAUGAGAUAGGGAAGGGCGCGUACGGGCGUGUCUACAAGGGGCUUGACCUGGAGAAUGGCGACUUCGUGGCCAUCAAGCAAGUCUCGCUCGAGAACAUUCCACAAGAGGAUCUCAACAUCAUCAUGCAAGAAAUUGAUCUACUGAAAAACCUUAAUCACAAAAAUAUUGUGAAGUAUCUUGGAUCAUUGAAGACGAAGAGCCACCUCCAUAUCAUUCUGGAGUAUGUGGAGAAUGGUUCACUUGCCAAUAUUAUCAAGCCAAACAAAUUUGGACCAUUCCCUGAAUCAUUGGCGGCUGUCUACAUUGCUCAGGUGUUGGAAGGUCUUGUUUAUCUGCAUGAGCAAGGUGUCAUACAUAGAGAUAUUAAGGGUGCAAAUAUAUUGACCACCAAAGAGGGUCUUGUUAAACUUGCUGAUUUUGGAGUUGCUACUAAAUUAACUGAAGCUGAUGUCAACACACAUUCAGUGGUUGGAACCCCGUACUGGAUGGCCCCUGAGGUCAUUGAAAUGUCCGGAGUUUGUGCCGCAUCUGAUAUCUGGAGUGUUGGUUGCACUGUUAUUGAGCUACUCACAUGUGUACCACCAUAUUAUGAACUCCAGCCCAUGCCUGCACUGUUUCGCAUUGUUCAGGAUGUGCAACCACCAAUACCAGAAGGAUUCUCUCCUGAGAUUAAUGAUUUUCUCCGACAAUGUUUUCAAAAGGAUGCGAUACAACGACCUGAUGCAAAGACAUUACUGAUGCACCCAUGGCUGCAAAACUCCAAACGAGCCUCACCAUCUCUCCGACAGCCAGUUCGACCAGUGAGGCAUAUUGACGAGGAUGAAGAAGCACCAAGUGGUGAUAAUAACGCCGGGUUUUCUGGCCCACAAGGAGAUACAAAAACGCCUGUUGCUUCUGACAUUGAACAGGAGGAUGGGACAAAAGAAUUGGUCUCUGAAUCUGCCGGACGUGGUAAUUCUGACGAGCUUCAUGACGGAAAACCUGCUGAAAGUAGUAGUUCAAACAGUGUCGAAAUUAUGAAAGAUAGUGUGGUUCUCACUAAAGAUCCUACAUUAGUUUUUCAUGAAAAGCCAUCAUUGGAAUCCUCUUCUGGAGUUACUGAUUUGAACGGUAAGGUAACAAAUGAGCUAUCACAAGAUGGUCUGCCAAGUAGGAACAGCCAAGAAUCAAAAAAGGGUGACAGUAAAAAUGUAGAGCCUGAAAAUAAAGACCGUUCAAGUAUUGAGGAUGAUGAUGCUUUCUCCUUCCAGGCUGGGAGACAGAAUAUCGACUUCCCAAAGGAGGCAAAACCUUUAGUUGUUGAGGGAGCUAAUGGACUAAGUAGAUUCAGUGACACACCUGGAGAUGCCUCCUUGGACGAUCUAUUCCCAAUUGACAAGCGAGGGGAUCAUGGGGCCAUAGCCUCAACAUCCACUACUUCUCAAGAGCUUCAGUACAGUGGACGACAAAAUGACCUUGCAAAAGAACUCAAGGAUAGGAUGGCAAAGAAGCAAAAGGAAAAUGAUAAUGAGCAUGGUGGGAAACUUCUCGAAUAUAUACGUUUUAGGGAAGAUGAUCUUGAUGUAGCGGGAUUUCAUGACAACAUUCCAGGAGAGAAUCUUUUCCCUUUGCAGUCUGUGGAAUAUAGCAAAAUAGUAGCACAGCUGAAGCCUGGGGAAAGUGAAGAAGUGAUAUUGUCAGCAUGCCAAAAGCUUAUGUUGUUCUUCAAUCACCGGCCUGAGCAAAAACAGAUUUAUGUGUCACAGAAUGGUUUCCUUCCGCUGAUGGAACUUCUUGAACUUCCCAAAAACCGUAUCAUAUGCUCGGUCCUGCAACUCAUCAACUGCAUUGUGAAAGAUAAUACAAGCUUCCUAGAAAAUGCCUGUCUUGUUGGCCUUAUUCCAGUGGUGAUGAAUUUUGCUGUGCCAGAUCGUGCAAAGGAAGUCCGGAUUCAAGCAUCCUUUUUUCUUCAGCAGCUUUGCCAGGCUAGCACAUUGACGCUGCAAAUGUUCAUUGCAUGCCAAGGGAUCCCUGUAUUGGUGAGUUUUUUGGAGCCUGAUUAUGCAAAAUUCAGCAGGGAAAUGGUUCAUCUUGCAAUUGAUGGCAUCUGGCAGGUCUUUAAGCUUCAGCACUCAACUCUGAGAAAUGAUUUUUGCCGUAUAGCUGCAAAAAAUGGGAUACUUCUCAGGCUAGUUAAUACCCUCCAUAGCUUGAACGAAGCAACACGAUUUGCUUCCAUCUCUGGGUCAGGUGCUUCAGUAACCCAGAAUGGUUCCACCCCCCGAUUAAAAUCUGGUCAGUUAGAUCAGCCAAUGCUAGAAAGUUCUAAAGCGAGGCUGGAUCAUUACCAUUCAUCUGGUUCCCUGCAGUCUUUACAAGCAGAUGCAGAUAAGCAUCAUAUCUUAUUGGAACCCUCAGCAUCUCCUAGGUUCAACGAUAUAACUGCUGGUCACAUGGAGAGAAACGAUAAUGACCUGGUUAAGCCACAAAGGCUUAGUGUUUCUGGAGGCAGGUCAUCAACAGACAGAUCUCCAAAGCAUAUAGAACUAGUAUCAAAUGGACAUAGUGGUGGUCAGAAUGAUCAAAUCCGGCCUCUACUGAGUUUGUUGGAAAAAGAACCGCCCUCUCGGCAUGUAUCUGGACAACUCGAUUAUGUCCGUCACAUAUCUGGGCUAGAAAGGCAUGAAAGCAUUUUGCCAUUAUUGCACGCUUCAACAGAGAGGAAAACAAAUGGUGAACUUGACUUGCUGAUGUCAGAAUUUAAUGAGGUCUCUAGACAGGGAAGAGAGAAUGUCAACCCUGAUUCUAGUAUAAAGGCCUCAAAUAGAGUUCUUAGCAUGAAGUAUGCACCAUCAUCGGGUGCAACAGCUUCCAAUGAGGGAGCAUCAACGUCUGGAGCGGCGUCACAGACAGCAUCUGGUGUGUUAUCUGGCUCAGGAGUUCUCAAUGCAAGACUACCAGGAAGUACAACAUCAUCUGGUCUAUUAGCUCAAAUGAUUUCUAUGAGUGCAGAUGUUGCACGCGAGUACCUUGAGAAAGUGGCAGAUCUACUUUUGGAGUUUGCACAAGCGGACACCGUUGUAAAAUCUCUUAUGUCUAGCCAAAGCCUUCUCGCACGACUUUUCCAGAUGUUCAACAAGAUAGAAUCUCCUAUUCUUCUGAAGAUUCUUAGGUGCAUUAAUCAUUUGUCUGGUGAUCCUAAUUGUUUAGAGACACUUCAACGCACAGAUGCUAUCAAGCAUCUGAUACCAAUCCUUGAACUUCGUGAUGGACCUCUAAUUUAUCAAAUACACAGCGAGGUCCUCAAUGCUUUGUUCAACCUUUGUAAGAUCAAUAAAAGAAGACAGGAACAAGCAGCCGAAAAUGGGAUCAUCCCUCACUUGAUGAGUUUUGUCAUGUCAGACUCACCACUAAGGCAGUAUGCCUUGCCUCUGCUUUGUGAUAUGGCUCAUGCUUCUCGCAACUCUAGAGAGCAGUUGAGGGCUCAUGGUGGGUUGGAUGUGUACUUGAACUUGUUAGAGGACGAUGCAUGGGCAUGUACAGCUUUAGAUUCCAUCGCUGUUUGCUUGGCUCAUGACAAUGAUCACAGAAAAGUAGAACAAGCCUUGUUGAAGAAAGAGGCCAUCCAGAAAUUGGUGAAGUUUUUCCAGGACUGCCCUGAACAGUAUUUUGUCCAUAUACUGGAUGCUUUCCUCAAGAUAAUCACGAAAUCAUCUCGGAUAAAUACUGCAAUUGCCACCAAUGGUUUGACGACGUUGCUUAUUGCUAGGCUUGACCAUCGAGAAGCUAUUGCCCGUUUGACUCUGCUGAAACUAAUAAAGGUUGUGUAUGAACACCAUCCUCGACCAAAGCAGCUCAUAGUGGAGAAUGACCUCCCCCAAAAGCUACAAAACCUCAUCGAAGAACGCAGGGAUGGACAACGUGGCGGUCAACAAGUGUUGGUCAAACAAAUGGCCACCUCAUUGUUGAAAGCACUGCACAUCAAUACAGUCUUGUGAUUCAAGCCAUCAUGUAUUUUUUCCACCCAAGUUGUACAUGCCUAGAGGACAAGUUUUUGUUUUUCUUUCUUCUUUCCAGCUGUGAUCUCCUUGUUAUGAGCACUAGGCUGCCUGUCGAACCUGUUCCCUCUUUUAUCGGGAGAAAGGUUUGACGUUCUGUUGCAAGAUCAAUGGGGUGUGUACAUCCCUUCAUAUGGUUGUUCAUACUUAGUAGGCCCCUGUUAGUUGUUGUAUAUUACCAAUCAGAAAUUUCCAUUAGAACAGCAGGUGUCGACAGUAGACCAUAUUUGUGUUUGAGAGCAUCUUCUUUUUAGUAAA